AGACGACGACUUAGCUUGCUCGUCGCCACCGCGUGCAUCACACGGUCGUUUCCGCCGGUCCGGUCGUCCUCGUCAGUCCGCCCGCCACCGUCGUUCGUUCGCGUGCGAUUUCGCGUUUUUCCGCUUUUUCCCUACGCACGAGACACUAUUGUGCGUCCGUUCGUUAUUUAUUUAUUUAUUAUUUUUUUUUUCAAACCGUGUUAACUCUUCCUGUUCGUCUCUCACUCGUCUCUCUCCCGUCGAACGUGUGUGCGUGUUCGGCGAGUUCGCGCGAAUUUCCGCGAUUUUUUUCACCCCGGCACUGAGACAAUAAUAUAUCGGUUACCCGUUAACGUGUAUAUACCAGGUACUCGCGGUCACCGUGGUCGGUCCCAUCGUGACACUCGCGUAAACGAGGGUCCGUCGGUUAUAUAUCGUGCUUGUCGCCCGAUAUCUGUAUAGUGCACGCUUUACUCUACGCCAGUCUAAGCCCGACUCGACUUGCGGGUGACGUGUCGUCGUCGACGAGAGUAAGAACGCAAAAUCUUGGUGGAAAAUUAAAAACCUGAGACGGAGAGAGAUCGAUUCUCACGUGUGCGCACAUCACGCAGACACCUUCCGAUGUUAUAAUAUAUUUUGGUGGCCGGUAUCGUUUCGCGCGUAUAUUUGUAAUACGUGCCCGUUUAAAACCAGAGGUAUUUUUUCCGGAACUACUUUUAAUCUAUUUUUAUGGUGUUGAUAAAAACGUGAACUAAAUUUUAACUUUGGGUUGAACAAAAACAAGUUUAUUCAGAUUAUUUUUAUUUCAAGUGGAUUCAGAAAACACAAACUUAAAUAAACCAAUAAGGUGUUUUUAUCGUUAAAACGAAGAAGAAACCAGCCCGAUCAUUGAAAAUGCCGCCGGCUUUGUACGGACUGUUAGCGGCGUAUAUGACGUUUGUCGUAUUGAAAACACAUGCCAUUACCAUUGAAGAAUUGCCGCCAGAUCACGUGCGAGAGUUGUCCUGCGGCCGAAUGUACUACAGGACUUUUCACUUGGAUGAAAAUCGUGACACAUUAUACGUCGGUGCCAUGGAUCACGUGUACCGGCUGAACCUGAGCAACAUCAGCCACUCCAGCUGCAAGCAGGAUUCCAUAAAUCUGGAACCGUCAAACAUUAUGAGCUGCACGUCUAAAGGAAAAUCUGAGAAUUUUGAUUGUCGAAACCACAUCCGAGUCAUCCAGUCGAUCGGUGAUGGUAGCCGAAUAUACAUUUGCGGCACAAACGCGCACAAUCCAAAAGAUUACGUUAUAUACUCCAAUUUGACACAUCUUCCUAGGCACGAGUAUGUACCCGGCGUGGGUCUAGGCACGGCCAAAUGCCCAUACGAUCCGCUGGACAACUCGACAGCCAUUUGGUCUGAAAAGGGUAAUCCGGGACAAUUACCGGCCCUGUACAGUGGUACCAAUGCCGAAUUCACCAAAGCGGACACAGUUAUUUUCCGGACGGACCUGUACAAUUUGACCACGGGACGCAAGGAAUUCGCGUUCAAGAGGACGCUCAAAUAUGACUCCAACUGGCUCGAUAAACCUGACUUCGUGGGCUCCUAUGACAUCGGUCAAUACGUUUUCUUCUUCUUCCGUGAAACCGCCGUCGAGUACAUUAAUUGCGGAAAGAGCAUAUUUUCGCGUGUAGCCAGGGUGUGUAAGAAGGACACAGGUGGAAAAAAUAUACUUAACCACAACUGGGCCACGUACCUGAAGGCCCGACUCAACUGCUCCAUACCCGGAGAAUAUCCUUUCUACUUCAACGAAAUCCAGAGCAUUUAUAAAGUGCCGGACGAUGAUACACUUUUCUACGGCGUUUUCACCACUUCCACUACCGGGCUAAUGGGAUCAGCCAUAUGUACUUUCCGGCUAGAGGACAUCGAUCACGCAUUCGCUGGCCGAUUCAAGGAACAAGCCAGUUCCACUUCGGCCUGGCUCCCAGUACUGUCUACCAAGGUACCGGAGCCCAGACCGGGACAGUGCGUCAACGACACGGAGACUUUGCCAGAUUCCGUAUUGAAUUUCAUACGCAGUCACCCUCUCAUGGACGAGGCAGUGGCGCACAAAGACAAUGAACCGGUAUUCUACAUGCGUGAUUUGUUCUUCACACGCCUCGUAGUAGAUGUUCUCGAUUACGUCGUAUUCGGAAAUCAUCUGCAUUACACCGUCUAUUACGCUGCUACCAAUGAAGGCCGAGUUUACAAAGUAGUCCAAUGGUAUAAUGACGAAGGUGUACCCGGAUCUGCUCUUCUGGACAUAUUUGACAUCAUGCCCGGUCUGCCCAUCACGGCGAUGGAAAUAUCUAGAAAGCACAAGGCCCUGUACGUAGCGUCCGAUGAAAGUGUUCGACAAAUAUACUUGUCAAUGUGCACUCACCGAUACGACAGCUGCUUGCGAUGCGUCCACGAUCCGUAUUGCGGAUGGGACAAACAGACCAAGACCUGCAAACCCUACCAACCCGGACUUCUGCAGGACGUGACCAACUCAUCGCGAAGCGUGUGCGAGAGCUCGGUGGUUAACAAGAGAUUGACCGUGACGUUCGGCCAAAGCGUACACCUCAGCUGUUUCGUAAAGAUGCCGCAAGUGCUGAAAGUGUACCCCGUCACCUGGUACCAUCAUAGCAAAGAGAAGGGACGGUACAUGGUCUCGUUCAGCCGAGUGGAAAAAUACAUUGCUACCGUCGAAGGGGGCAUGGUGAUCGUUGGAGCGUCAGAAGAGGACGGCGGCCGAUACGACUGUCAGCUGGCCGGUGCCUUGUUGUGCACGUUCAACUUGACAGUGGACGCACAUCGGUGCUCGCCACCAGCCCGGUCAGCGGAUUACCAUCGAGUGUACUCGGACUGGUGCCAUGAGUUCCAGAAGUACAAGAGUGCGAUGAAAUCUUGGGAAAAAAAACAAGCUCAAUGCAGUAGCUCAAGACAAAACGAGACCGCGAUCGCCCAGGGUCUCCUGUCAAACGAAUUAAACGCAAGCCCGACCCUAUAAGGAGGAGAUACCAUAAUAUACGAGAUGCCGCCGAAGCAACCGCCGCAGACACAACCGCCGCAACUACCACCACAGCCACCGCAAACACCAGCCCCAUCCCGUGUACACGCUGUAUAUAUAUUAUACAUAUAUAUUGUAUUAUAAUGUGCAUUUAUGUUAUAAUAUACCAUCACCGUCGUGUCAGUCAUCCCGCCACCGCGGAAAAAAAAGUAAAAAAUUUAAUAACAAUAUAAUAUAUUGUAUAAGGUAAAAACUUCAUCAUACAGUCAUCGUCGUCGUCGUCGUAAUAGUCGUUAAGUAUAAUAUAGUAUAAGAGGAUUUUCUUCUUUUUUUUUUUUUAAUGCAGAUUCAUAUUUAUUAUAUACACCCGUAUAAGUGUUUGUAUACAUAAUAUCAUACAGCUUAUGUAUGUACGCGUGUCAUACGUAUUAUGUAAUAUUAUGUAUAAUGUAUAUUAUGUACUUAAUAAUAAUUAGACUUUAAUGUACAGACUGCCUAUAUAAGCUUUAAACUAUAACCGCGACGGGCGACGGGCGAUAUUAUACUAUACCUUUUUUAUUUGACGAUAUAUACAUAUUUUAUCUACAAUCUUCUGUGAUAAUGUAGCUGUUAGAGUUUUUU